CUCGCAAAGAAGUCACCCGGCUGAUCGCGAGCGCCAUCGCGCUUCUGGAAAUUAUCGAUUUCCGCAAGCUCAGCGUUCCUUGGUGGGAAAUGACGCCAUGAACGACUAUCCAUUGGGCGGCAUCGACUUUGAUCUUCCUCCAUUGGUCGACGAGCCGGUAUAAACGGUGCUUUCUCGUGCAAUUCCUUUCAGUUGUGUUGUUACCUACUUACUGUACACUUGGAGAAUAGUAUGUAUAAAGAAGUUCACCAUCAAGAAAUCAAACACGAGUGCUCGCGAUCGGGAGGACUCCACGCGUAUCCCGAUCAUUUUAGGGAAACGUACCUUUAAGAACACACCAGUUGAAUCCAUGAACAUCUGAAAGUUCCUGUCCUUUGGUAGGACUUUGUAUAUAGUGUACAUAGGAUCAUUUGCCCAAUAAAAAGAAAUCCCGCUGGAAGGAAACGAGCGAGUUCAAGGGAGAAAUUACUGUCACGCUGGAAAAAAUUAGCCAAUUUAUCCAAGAAUCCUGCAUCAUUCUUCACGAGGCAUCCACGCUCACUUUUAACAGCACGCAUCAGCAGUAAUAAGAGGGAAAAAGAUCUUGGAAGAGUGACCGAACAGCGGAAAUUAUGAAGCAAGGAAUGUCGGACGACUUUUCACUUGGCGUGAAAUUACUUACCGCAGGCACCGCAGCCUGCAUCGCCGAUUUAGCCACCUUUCCGUUAGACACCGCCAAAGUUAGAAUGCAGAUCGCGGGGGAAGGCCAAGCCCUGUUGCUGGCAUCAGCGGAAGGAUCGGUCUUUGCAGUAAGAACGAGCCAAUCAGGAUUGUUCCAGACCGUCGCAAACAUCGUCAGAUACGAAGGCGCAAAGAGCCUGUACGGAGGUCUAUCCGCGGGACUCCAGAGACAGAUGUGUUUCGCCAGCAUACGGUUGGGCCUCUACGACAGCGUGAAGUCACUCUACGCUGGAAUCUUCGACGGUAACAAUAAGAGUGGUACAUCGAUGAACAUUGGCGUACGUGUUGCCGCGGGAAUCACGACGGGCGCUUUGGCAGUGAUGAUUGCUCAGCCGACCGACGUCGUUAAAAUCCGCAUGCAGGCUGGGAAUAAUGGGCGAUCAUCGGUAAGGUAUAGCUCCACCCUGCAGGCGUACAAGAGUAUCGCCAGUGGAGAAGGCGCGAAAGGUCUUUGGAAAGGAACCAUGCCGAAUGUUUCACGGAACGCUAUCGUGAACGUGUCGGAGAUAGUCUGUUACGACAUCAUCAAGGACCUCAUCCUGGCUAGUGGUUAUCUCCGUGACGGGAUACCGUGUCACUUGACCGCCGCAACGGCCGCAGGACUCUGCACCACCCUGGCGGCGAGUCCCGUGGACGUCGUGAAGACGCGUUACAUGAACAGCGCCGCUGGCGAGUACAAGGGCGCGAUAGACUGCGCUAUCAAGACCUUCGUCCAGGAAGGCCCCACCGCGUUCUAUAAAGGUUUCGUACCGAGUUUCUCGCGCCUAGUAUCCUGGAACAUCGUAUUGUGGGUGACCUAUGAGCAGAUGAAGUUGCACAUGAGGAAGCUAUAUGGCAUCGAGUGAAAAGUCCUCGAUUACUUACCAAACCCGAUUAUUCUGCCGAACCAGCGCGAAGAUCGGUAUAAUCCAUUGUAAUUUCUUGUGUUACCUUGUCGAAAUUCAUAUUUCCGUAGAAUAUUAGCGUUUGUUUAGAUAAACCGUAUGAAUCAAACGUAGAUAGAACUGAAAGCUUGAUAUUCCAAAAUGCAAUUUCAGCCGAUGGUAAUCGCCGAUGGAAUAUCCUCUUAUUACUGCUUUCCUAAAUGCAAGUGUGCGCACACGGCGUUCAUCGUCGAAUCAUUCAACGAUAAGAGAUUAAUCGUAGAUCAACAAAAAUUAUUUGCACCGGAAAUAGUAAACAAUAGUGAUAGGAGCUAUAAUUUCAUUCAGUACUUUAGUUACUUUAGUUUUUAUUAAGAACAGUAAGGAUUUUUUAAUAAUUUGUAUGAAACAAAUUUGAAUUCCGUCAGAAAGCUUUAUAUAUUUAUAAGGCGUUAGGCUAUUUUAAGAUGGAUUAUACAAUGAUUACACAAAUCGUUAACGCGCCAAACAGACAAUAAUAUUAUCAAAAUUCAUUCCGAUGUUUUUACUUAAAUUUCUCUCUAUAUUAGAGUCUCUUGAGAAACUGUGAUCACAAAAUAACGAAUUUUCUUUUUAGCGUCACUUUAAUUAAGUGAUCAUUCAUGAACGUAGCGUGUAAUUUUUGCAUACAAUAUAAUCUCGUUUCAGUCUACAAUUUAUACUACA